GUGACUUUCGAUUUCUUCUUCAGAUCCGCCGAGUCUUCUUUUUGUGAAAUCUCUUCUAGAAUCUCCACAUUCAAUUACACUUCUCUAUUGAUCGAUAUCGCAAACCCUAGAUUCGGUGAUCUUGAAUCUGCAUCUAAUCCAUGGCCUCUUCACCUGGUAAUACAAGCCCUCACAAUCCUCCUCCGUUCGAUCUCAGUACUAUCUUCAAACCCUCAUCGAACCCUUAUCCAGCGCCGCCGGCGUCUUAUCCUCCGCCUACAGGUCCUUUUCUUAACAACCAAUACAAUCAGCAACUCUACGCGCCGCCGGGUAUCGCCGCCCAACUAUCUCCGGUGAAUCAAACGCAACAGGAUGUGUCUUCCUCUUCCUCCGCUACUAACUUGCAACCACAGAGGACGCUCUCUUAUCCCACGCCACCUCUGAAUCCCCAAUCUCCCCGUGUCAAUCACAAUCCGGGAACGCACAUCCUCGCUCUCCUCAACAAUAACAACAACGGAGGCGCCGUGGCUAACCAGGAGCCGUCGCAUCAGCUCCCGGUAGUGAAUCACAACGAGAACGCUCGGCAUUUUCCUGGCGGUUCGGGUCCUAUUCGUGUUCCAAGCGGUAAAAUGCCCAAGGGAAGGCGAUUGGUUGGUGAACAUGCGGUGUACGAUGUGGAUGUGAGGUUACAAGGUGAGAUUCAGCCGCAGCUGGAGGUGACUCCGAUUACCAAAUACGGGUCGGAUCCUCAGCUAGUAGUCGGUAGGCAAAUCGCCGUGAACAAGGUCUACAUUUGCUAUGGAUUGAAAGGAGGAAACAUAAGGGUUCUCAAUAUCAACACAGCAUUAAGGUCUCUGUUCCGGGGACAUUCUCAGAGAGUGACGGACAUGGCUUUCUUUGCCGAAGAUGUUCAUCUCUUGGCUAGUGUUAGUCUAGAUGGAAAAGUUUUCGUGUGGAAAAUUUCCGAAGGAUCUGAGGGAGAUGAUCAACCCGAGAUAACUGGAAAGAUCGUUCUUGCUCUUCAGAUACUAGGAGAGGAAGACACCAAACAUCCACGUGUUUGUUGGCACUGCCACAAACAGGAAAUUUUGGUAGUUUCAAUUGGUAAACAUGUGCUGCGAAUUGAUACCACAAAAGUUGGCAGAGGUGAAGUAUUCUCUGCUGAGGCACCACUCCAGUGUCCCCUCGAUAAACUGAUCGAUGGUGUUCAGAUCGUGGGUAAGCAUGAUGGAGAAGUUACUGAUUUGUCAAUGUGCCAAUGGAUGACCACGCGCCUGGUUUCUUCUUCAGUUGAUGGCACGGUCAAGAUAUGGCAAGAUCGUAAGGCACAACCACUUGUAGUUUUGAGACCUCAUGAUGGACAUCCAGUCAAUUCAGCCACAUUUGUAACAUCCCCGGAAAGACCUGAUCACAUCAUACUUAUCACGGGGGGCCCUCUAAAUCGAGAAAUGAAAAUUUGGGUCUCAGCUGGGGAAGAAGGGUGGCUUCUACCAGCUGAUACUGAAUCAUGGAGGUGUACCCAGACACUUGAUUUGAAAAGUUCAUCUGAGCCACGAGCUGAAAAGGCAUUUUUCAACCAAGUCAUAGUAUUGCCUGAAGCAGGCCUGCUUUUACUUGCAAAUGCGAGAAGGAACGCCAUAUAUUCCGUGCAUUUGGACUAUGGCUCUUCUCCAGUUGAUACGCGGAUGGAUUACCUGUCAGAGUUUACAGUAACUAUGCCUAUAUUGAGUUUUAUUGGGACAAAUGAUCAUCCAGAAGAACCAAUUGUUAAGGUUUAUUGUGUUCAGACUCUAGCAAUCCAGCAGUAUACAGUAGACUUAUGCUUGUGCACGCCACCUCCUAGAGAGAAUGUGGGUUUUGAGAAGUCAGAUUCUAGUGUGUCACGGGAGGCAAACCUUGUUGAAAGCACGUCAGAACCAUCUGGAAUUAAGCCUACCGAAUUACCUUCAGCUGAUUCAGUGCCUAAACCAUCUAUUUUAGUGAAUAGAUCGGAAAGUGCUGAUACGCUGAGUUUUCCAGCGGGUUCUGCAUCAGCAGAGAUCACACCACCAGCAAUUGUUCCACCCAACGGUGAUCCUAAAUCUUCUGGGAUGCCUUCUGAGACCAGUGAUACAGGUUCUGCGUAUGCUCCUUCACCUCAACUUUCUCUAAGUCCCAGACUAUCAAGUAAACUUUCUGGCUAUCACACUCCUGUAGAAGCGAUUGAGCAAGUACUACCACGUCAUGAGCUUGGUGGGAAAACAAGUUCUGCUGAUUAUUCUUAUGAUAGGCAAAUUGAUGAUGUUGGAGAAAGAAAUUUGGAUGUGUCUUCUGUUGAGGAAAACUGUAAAAGAAAGGACACGAAUGUUACACCUGAUGAUGAUUUGUCUGGAAUUCGAAGCCCGUCAGCUUUUUUCAAACACCCCACUCAUCUCGUAACUCCUUCAGAGAUAUUGAUGGGCGUUUCGUCCACUGAAGCCUCCAUUGCUACUGAAGACAAGAGAGAUAGAGAUGCAAAUAUUCAGGAUGUGAAUAAUGAUGCAAGAGGCUUAGAAGUUGAGGUGAAAGAAGUAGGCGAAGCACGGACUUCGCAGAAUGGUGAAAUCAACUAUCAUGAAACAACUGAGAAUCACACUUCAGAAAGUAGAGAAAAUAUCUUCUGCUCACAGGCUUCAAAUCUCAGCACUGAGAUGGCAAGAGACCGUCAUCCUAUUACAGAGGACACUGUCAUUUCAGGGGACUCUAUGACUUAUGUACAACCUUUUCAAGCUGGGGAUGAAAGGGGUCUUGACUCAAGAGAUGUGUCUGCAAAGCUUCCUGAGUCGGGUUCAUCUAGUGGGCCUCUACAGUCGCCAGCUACGACUAGCAAAGGGAAGAAGCAGAAGGCCAAAAAUUCACAGGGCCCCGGUUUGUCAUCUACAUCCUCAAAUGUUGCUAAUCUGGCUGACUCCUUCAAUGAUCAAUGUCAUCCCAUGACAGAUUCACUUCCUCAGUUGUUAGCAAUGCAAGAAACGAUGAAUCAGAUAAUGGCUUCGCAGAAGGAGAUGCAGAGACAACUAUCAAAUGCUGUCACUGGCCCUAUCGUAAAAGAAGGUAAAAAACUAGAAGUGGCCUUAGGGAGAAUGAUUGAGAAAUCCAGCAAGUCAAAUGCUGAUGCUCUAUGGGCCCGCUUCCAAGAGGAGGCUGUUAAGAAUGAAAAGGCAUUACGUGACCAUGGCCAGCAAAUUGUGAAUGCAACGACAAACUUCAUGAGCAAGGAGUUAAAUGCCAUGUUUGAGAAAACGAUGAAAAAGGAAUUUGCUAUAGUUGGUCCAACCCUAGCACGUGCAGUAACUCCAGUUAUUGAAAAAACUGUAUCUUCUGCAAUCACAGAGUCCUUCCAGAGAGGAAUUGGUGACAAAGCAGUCAAUCAGCUUGAAAAAUCUGUUAAUUCAAAGCUUGAAACAACCAUAGCCAGGCAAAUUCAAUCCCAAUUUCAGACAUCUGGCAGACAAGCCCUCCAGGAAGGUCUUAGGUCAAGUCUGGAGUCCUCAGUCAUACCUUCUUUUGAGAGGUCAUGCAAAACCAUGUUUGAGCAAGUAGACUCAACCUUCCAGAAAGGAAUUGCUGAGCACGCGAGCGCAGCGCAGCAACGGUUUGACUCUGGACACUCCCAGCUUGCUCAUACUCUGAGGGAAACUAUUAGUUCUGCAUCAUCAGUUACUCAAGCCCUAAAUCGUGAAUUAGCCGAGAGUCAAAGGAAUCGCUUAGCUCUGGCAGCUGCUGGAUCAAAUCCCUUGGUCACUCAACUAAGUAACGGGCCUUUAGGUGCUCUUCUUGAAAAGGUUGAAGCUCCUAUGGACCCAACAACAGAACUAUCAAGGUUGAUAUCUGAACGUAAGUACGAAGAAUCUUUCACUUCAGCUCUACAAAGAAGCGAUGUCUCCAUAGUAUCAUGGCUUUGCUCACAGGUGGAUCUUCGUGGACUACUGGCGAUGAAUCCGCUUCCGCUGAGCCAAGGCGUGCUUCUUUCACUGCUGCAGCAGCUAGCUUGUGACAUCAGCAUGGACACAUCCCGUAAGCUAGGUUGGAUGACUGAUGUGGUUACAGCGAUUAACCCAUCAGACCAGAUGAUAGCGGUCCACGCUCGCCCAAUCUUUGAACAAGUUUAUCAGAUUUUGCACCACCACCGUAAUGCACCAGGCAGCGAUGUCUCUGCCAUCAGACUUAUAAUGCACGUCAUCAACUCUUUGCUUAUGAGCUGCAAAUGACAUCACUCUCUCUCUCUCUCUCUCUUUCUUAAGUCACAUGCAUAAAACAUAGGAAACCUUUCUACUCUAGUUAGAUUUUUUUUCCUCUUCAUUUUGUUUGGGUUCUCUUUUGUUCAAUUUCCUUUAAAUGUAACAUCUGGUUAUUUCUACGUCUAUAAUAUUCUCUUUUCUUCUCCCGAGUACCAAAGAAUGAGUUUGCUAGGCUUGGUAUUGGAUCUGGAAAGUCCUGAGAAAACAUGAAGAUCAUGUAUGGGCAGGUUAUUAGAUUUUCUAAAGAAAUUGAUUUUCAAGUA